UAAAACACAUUAUUAACUCCCUUUUCUUCCAUCAAUGUGUCACACAUAAACACAUCUCCGUUUCCAUCGCACCCACAACCCUCGACACUCUCUCUAUGGCGAGCCUCUGGCGAGCCGUGAUGGGCGACACACCACCCAACCCCGACGACUACGACGGCGUGGAGUACUGGUCCAACCCCGAGCGCACCGGCUGGCUCACCAAACAAGGCGAGUACAUCAAAACCUGGCGUCGCCGCUGGUUCGUCCUCAAACAGGGCAAACUCUUCUGGUUCAAAGAAGCCAUCGUCACUCGCGGAUCCAGGCCACGUGGCGUCAUCCCAGUGGCCACUUGCCUCACCGUAAAAGGAGCCGAAGAUGUUAUUAAUAAACAGUUUGCGUUUGAGUUGUCUACUCGAUCUGAUACCAUGUAUUUUAUUGCUGAUUCGGAGAAGGAGAAGGAGGAUUGGAUUAACUCGAUCGGACGGUCGAUUGUGCAGCACUCCAGGUCUGUUACUGCUAAUGAGAUCGUUGAUUAUGAUAGUAAUAGAUGAUCAUUUCGUUAUUUUCUGUUUUUUUAUAUGUUUAUGUGUAAAAUUCGGUGUUGUGGAGUUUGGAUAUGGUGAUAAAUCGUUUGUUUUUACUGAUAUAAGUUUAGUGAUUUCGAUGUGUUUUUUGCUUUGA